AUGGAAAGAACAAGAAGUGAUGAUGUGACAGAAUCUACUGAUGCUUGGAUGGACCGUAUGGAAAGAAUGUUAGAAGCUUUAACAAAAUCAAUGAGACAACAACAAAGACAACAACCUUUGCCUCCUCCGCCUUCUUCGGUGCAUUUUGAACCGAUGAACAACGAUAUUAUCUCCUUGACUCAGAAGUUUAAUAAGAUGAAGCUACCAACCUUUUUGGGAAAAAUUGAACCAUUGAAAGCUGAGAAGUGGAUGUUAGAAAUUGAGAAAUUAUUUGAAGUGUUCCCGUGUUCUGAGACUCAAAAAGUAUUGUUGGCCACCUAUACUCUGAAGGAGGAAACUAGACGUUGGUGGAUGUUUAUCCACAAUGACAAUGGAUCUAUGGCUUGGAGCCAAUUUAAGGAAAUAUUCUACGAAAAGUACUUCCCUCAGUGCUUUAACGACCGAAAGGUAUCCAAUUUUGAACAAUUGAAGUAA